AUGAACGAAACGAGAUCCUACAAAUGGUACCUUGAGAACGGCUGCGAAAUCGUGCCCCUGAAGCGGGGGAGCAGCCGGGAAAGCGACUACUCCCUGAUGCUGCUGGACAUCCAGGCAGACUUCUCCGAGUUUCUGAUCGAAGAGAAGAACAUCAUCAGUGAUGAGAAGCUAGUCAACCCGGAGGGAAAUAUAUUCAAUCUACAGAAAAGACAGUGCACACAAAAGCAAAAGAAAGGGGGACUCCUCACGGAGCGAGAAAAGUAUGUACACGAAAUUGACCAUCUAUGGGCCUACAUCGAAUGGCACUACAACUUCGAGGACGAGAUCAAGGUGCAGAAGAGUAUAGUGAGCGAUGUAGGGAAGUUGAGGAAAGUACCCAGACUAUACGUAUCGGCUCAUAUAAUCGAAGGGAUGAUACAUGAAAUGUCGAAGAAUGAAAAUAUAUGCAUGUUGAAGUAUACUACCUAUCCCAGCUUUUACAACAAGUAUGGCAAUGAGAUGGACAAAGCGAAGGAUCAUGAUGAGAGUAGCAUUUACAAUCGGUGCAACUACAUAUAUGAAGUUUGCGAUGUGGCGGACAAGUCGCUAGUUUUUGCCAGCAGCCCGAUAAUCAACACGACGAUGAAAAAUAUCCUUAGUAUCACCAAGAGUGGGAAAAAAAGGGAAGAUUUUAAUGAAGAACAGGAGGAGAAGGAAGAUAUCGUGCAGGACGAAAUUUGGCAAAUUUAUUUAUCAAAAAGGAUUAAAUGUAUAAACGAUCAGUGGCUGUUAAUUUGUAUUAACCAGGAAGUGAAGGAUAUUAUAAAAAACUCUGGAGAAAUUUAUUUCAAACUUUUCAAUAAGUACAUAAAAGAAUACAACGAUUUUUUGAAAAGCCACAAUUACAAUACAUCGGACGAUAAAAAUGACCUACAUGGCUCCAGCAUGUUUCGGGGGCAUCAUGACAGACACAACAUGUUUGAGAUGAACAAUGGCCCAAAUGAAAGUUUGAACUCGGAGAGGCUUAAAAAGUAUCGAGUAAAUUUAAUUUUCUCGGGCAAUAAGGACAUUAAUUACAUCCUGUACAAGUUGUGCCUCAACUUGGGCAAAUUUAAUGACGCCGUCCUGUGCACCAAAAAUAAAACGUAUAACAUUCUGCUCAACGAUAUUGACGGGACGCUGGCCAUUUGCCUAAAGUCGUUUUUUUCCAAGCACUAUGGGAGUUGCGCGGCGGGGGUGAGUAACGCGGCGAGUAACACGUCGGAGGAGGAGCUGGUCAAAACGCUGUCCAUCAUGGGGCUCUGCAAGGAGAAACUCGUGUUGUCCGAGAAGGCCACCAUUUUUAGCAACAUCGAGUUGCUGUUUUCGUACUACCUCAUCGUGCACAGCGAGUCGCUGGAGGGGGAAAUCGGUCAAGACGGUGCUGCCGCAAACCAGGACGGCGUCAUCUACCUAAGCAGGAAGGCCCUCUUCGAAAACCUGCAGUUCUCCACGGAAGAAAUUUGUAGCUACCUACUGCACGUGCAAAAGUACAGCACCAACAACUUGCUGUUCGUAAAAAAAAGGGGCUUCCGAUAUGUUAAAAGCGAAAUUAUAUACGAAUUUCUCGUUAAGAUAAUCGAGCUGGUGAGCAUCCACGACGAUCUGUACGUGCAUCAUCACGUGGAGCGAGGGAGAGCAAGUACCACCCCCUUUAAGCAGUACAAGGACGAUCUGCACAGGGUGGUAAGGAAGAGGCACGGCAUCACACUGCAAAGUUUAGUCAAUCUUAUUCAACAGAACGAGACCGAAUUUGAUUUCUUAAAAAAAAACAAAAUUCCAAUGGAUACGUAUGUCAUCCUGCAACUCUGCUGGAAAUGCUGCGACAUCGAAAAUAAGCACUUUGACUUUUUUAGUCUCUACUACAAUUACUACUUCUUUUAUGAAUACCUAAAUAGACAUUCUGAGGAGCUUUCCUUCGAGGGAAUAUUUGACCAUUAUCUUCAGUUCUUGGAUAACGACAGUCAAGUGAGUGACACUGUGGUGUACUUCAACCUGUUUAAGUUACACAAAAUUAUGUCCUUAAAUAUCCUGCGGUCCAGCGGAAAAGUCGUUAUUCACUCGGAUGAACUGUUCACCUUCGACAUGGAAAUGAUGACAUAUGUUAAGUACAUCGACGAGAUGUUCCGGAACUUUAAUUCGAAUGUAAUGGAUAAAAUAAUACAAGACUUUAUCAAAUGUUACCAGUUUUUCCUGGACUGUGGUUACGACCGUGGGGUGAGCAACGAGAAGGUCCUGCAGAAUUGUCAGGCGAAGACCCUUCAAGCGGUUGCAGCGAUAGACACGGCCGCUGACACACCAGACGGUAUGGCAUCCGGCACCACCGCAGGUGAUGUAUACAAAGACCGAGUGCUCUUCCGAAAUAACACUAUCCUUAACGUUAGCAACAUCAAUCAUAUUUGCAAUGACAGCUGCAUGUUCGAGUAUUUCAUCGUGGUAAAGUACUACUACACGGAUAACACCUUUUCCCUGGUCGAGAAAAAACUAAAAAAAUUUAUUCACUCAGUGGAGGAAGACUUCGCAAAUGCGCACAUGACAUCUGCCACGGAUUAUUCUUCCUCUGGAUCUGUAACCGGGGGAGGGGCUUCCUACGAGAUGAGGCAAAAUUAUAAAGCAAAUUGGAAAAAGGCCAAAAGCAACUACUCCUUGAAUUACAAAAUGUUUAAGUACCAAACCACUUCGUUCCCACAAAUACGCCUGAGCAACAACUACAACGAGCUGCUAUGCUCUGUGUACACUCCCCUGUCCAUUCACUUCUCCAUUUUUCACGAAAACGUAAUUUACAAUAAGAAGCGGAACUCCUUUCAACUCAUCCCUUCCUUUCUGCUCAAGGAAAAUUUGCGCAGCUGCUUAACUGCUCUGUUCACUUUCAAGAAUUCCUAUUUCGCGCAGGAGUUCUACCCCUUUUUGAAUCCUCUGCUGAAUAACAAGGACCUGAUCGGCACCAUCGCCGUCCCACCGCUGCGCCACUGCAGGACCAAGCCCAUCGAACGCGAAAACGAAAAAAACGUGGAGUUCCUGGAAACCGGAAGCAUCGUCCUCUCGACGCUGAACAGUGACAUGAAGAACUACACCAAGUACGGUGCCCAGAGUCGGAAGUUCGUUGAGAAGCUGUGUAAGCUGUACAACUGCAACUUGCCC